AUGGACGAAUCUCUUAUUUCUCGGAGGCCGAAGCGCAGCACUGCUGGAAACCGCAUGGAGGCUGCCCUCGCCGAAUUUAAGGAAGAAGACCUGGGUAUGGACGUCGAAGAGGACGAGGAUUUCGCCAUCGGCAAAGACGAAGAAGACCUGUUCGAGUCUGACUUCGAGUCCACCGACGAAGAAGGCGCACAGGAAGACGUCGAUGCUGUCGCCGAGAAGCUCAUCCGCCAGGAGGAGUCGCAGGUCCGCAAGACUUCCCGGACGCAGCUUGAGCGCGUCACCGCGCUCGCCCACGCUCGACAAGCCGCGACAUUCAAUCCCGCUGCCUCCGCCCCACCUCCGCCUGAGAAACCGAAAGGGGAGAAGAAACUCAACAGACGCGUCUCUCUUGGAUUUGCGGUCAACGCUGAAACAGGGGAGGUCCUUGAAGCUGGUGGAGAGGCGGACGAGGCCAGUACUCCCGUCUCGGCGAUUGGAAGGAGGCACAGUCUCCGCGCGCAAACGCUCGCGAAUACAUCAGCAACAUUCAGCAGGGCGCGAGAUGAAGUCAGAAAGCAAUCGUCAAUUCCGAAGAGGGCCAAAGUGGUAGUCAAAGCUCCUACGCAAGCUGAGCUCAUUGCUCAAGCACUGGACAUGGAGGAGGGCAACAUCGAUGAACACAAGAACUAUCUUGCCAAUGAGGAGGAGAAGCGGAAAAGAGCACGCGUCGUGCGCCAAAGCGUGCAGGGCCCUCUUCUGCGUUGGGUGAGCAAAAAGGAUGAGGACACCAUACUGGUACAGCCGCCUGCUCCUCCACCGCCACCCCCCGCGCCCGCCCCUCCGCCACCCAAUCCAUACAUGUACUAUUAUGCCCCGCCGAUCCCGUAUCCUCCCAACGCAAAUCCAUCCCCAUUCGGCACUGUUCAAUUCACACCUGGGCCGAUGUUCUCCAGCCCAGACCAACAAUUACCGUUCCCUCAAUGGCCUCCACCUCCUCCACCUCCGGCUUUCCAAAACGUUUCUUCAAUGACUACCACGUUCCCAGUCGCUCCGCCGACCAUAGCACCCACACCUGGCCCUUCAUUUGCGCUCCCUCCUGUGCCGUCUUCUUCAGCACCUCCGCCAUUUGAAGCCCCACCGCCCGUGCCUCCCGAACCAGCUCCAGCUCCACCGCCUAUUGAGAAGAAAGUGGAUGCUGGGAAGCAGUUUGUGGUGCAUGAACUAUCGCAGGGGGAGAAGGCUACUCGUCCAUUAUGGGCCAACACCAUGAACGCAAUGUUCGGAGAGAACGACUGGGAGAAUAUGCGCGUGUACACAUCGAAAGGGCGUCCUCUUGCACGUCCAACUCAGACAUGUGCCAUCACGGGAAGGCCUGCAAAGUACCUGGACCCACGGACAAACACACCGUUCGCGAGCCUAGAAGCGUAUUUGACGAUUGGCAAGAUCAUGAGGCACGAGUACACAUGGAACCCCGUCCUCGAGUGUUACGUCGGGCAAGAAGGGAGUAUUUUUGCGAACAACGGCAUUUAG